AUGAGUGAAAAUCCCAACCAACAGGAGCGAGAUGGCACCCCUUUGUGGAAGUUCUCACUCAGGGCAGAAGCCAAUGGCUCAGCCAAAGUCAGUGACUUGGGCAGGGAAGUCGUGAUCAAGGUGAGCAGGCGCCGAUGGGCGGUGGUCCUGGUGUUUAGCUGCUACUCCCUGUGCAACGCCUUCCAGUGGAUCCAGUACGCCGCCAUCAAUAACAUCUUCAUGUCCUUCUACGGGGUCAGUGGCUUCACCAUCGACUGGCUGUCCAUGUGCUACAUGCUGACCUACAUCCCUCUGCUCCUGCCGGUGGCCUGGCUCCUGGAGAAAUUCGGCCUGCGCACCAUCGCCCUCGCGGGCUCCGCUCUCAACUGCCUGGGGGCCUGGGUGAAGCUGGGCAGCCUGAAGCCACAUCUCUUCCCCGUCACCGUGCUGGGCCAGGUCGUCUGCUCCGUGGCCCAGGUCUUCAUCCUGGGCAUGCCCUCCCGCAUUGCUUCUGUCUGGUUCGGGGCUGAUGAGGUGUCCACAGCCUGCUCCGUAGCUGUCUUUGGCAAUCAGCUUGGAAUUGCCAUUGGGUUCUUGAUCCCUCCUGUCCUGGUACCCAACAUCAAAGACCAGGACAAGCUUGCCUACCACAUCAGCAUCAUGUUCUACAUAGUAGCAGGUGUGGCCACUCUGCUUUUCAUCCUUGUCAUCAUCGUAUUCAAGGAGAAGCCUAAACAUCCCCCCAGCAGGGCGCAAUCCCUGAGCUAUGCCUUGGCAUCCCGUGAUGCUUCGUACUUAAGUUCCAUCAUCCGACUCCUCAAAAACCACAACUUUGUGCUUCUCGUCAUCAGCUAUGGUCUGAAUGCUGGUGCUUUUUAUGCCUUGUGCACUCUACUGAAUCGCACAGUGAUCUUCCACUACCCGGGGGAAGAAGUGAAUGCUGGAAGAAUCGGCCUGACCAUCGUCAUUGCAGGAAUGCUUGGGGCUAUGAUCUCAGGCAUCUGGCUGGAUAGGACCAAAACCUACAAGGAGACUUCUCUGGUGUUCUGUAUCACAACUCUGGUGGGCAUGGUGGUUUACACAUUGACCUUGAACCUGGGACACCUGUGGAUCGUAUACGUCACUGCUGGUAUAAUUGGCUUCUUUAUGACUGGCUACCUCCCACUGGGAUUUGAGUUUGCCGCGGAGCUGACAUACCCAGAAUCAGAAGGCAUGUCAUCUGGCCUCCUCAACGUGUCUGCCCAGGUAUUCGGGAUCAUCUUCACCAUCUCCCAGGGCCAGAUUAUUGACAACUACGGAACCAGGCCUGGGAACACCUUCCUGUGUGUGUUCCUCACCCUUGGAGCCGUCCUCACUGCAUUCAUUAAGGCAGAUCUCCGGAGGCAGAAGGCAAACAAAGAAACUCCUGAGAAUAAACCCCAGGAAGAGGAGGAAGAGGAGGAGGAAGAGGAGAGCAAAAUCAGCAAAGGCCCCACCACUGUGCUGGAGGAGCAUCUCUGAGAGAGAAAAGUGGUGGGACUCAGGGAACACGGACCACCCCCACCUCUUCCGCCAGCACAGCUCUCCCCGCCAGCACCACGGGCUUCCCCGGAGCAGCUUUUGGAGGGAAUCGGGGGGAGAAUCUGUGGCUUGGAGGGCAGUGCCUCUGCCUCCUGGCACCCACUCCAGAGCUUGCGUUGUCUACUUGGGGGAGACGGCACGUUUCACCCAGUGCAGAUUGGGUCGCCCCCUGCCCCUCGUGGUUCCGGGAGCUGGCGGGGGAGGCGGAGGGAAUCCUGGAGCGGGUCCUGGCCUGCCUCGCCUCCCCCCACAUCCCUCGGGAGAAAGCCUGCAGAUUAUGACGGACAGACAGCUUAUU